CCAAAAAUAACAUUUAAAAAGCUGCACAAAGUGUUUUUUGUAUGUAUGGAUCGGAAUCAAGUGAGAGGCAGAGAAGAAAGCGCGGAGCUGCAGAAGUGAUGGCCGGACUUCCCCCCGCCCUCAGCGUCACUCCGGCGGUCUGAGCACGGCAGCGCGCACCGGAACCCAGCGGAGAGUGACAGAGGCUUUUCCGUCAGUGAGUGGCGGUCGACCGUUCAUUGCGCGUGGACUGGAGCGAAGCGAGCUCCCUGUCCGACCUCACGCUUUUGGGGAGCACGCGGACCUGCUUGGCACGCAGACUGAUACUGACAGCACCUCUGGGCGCUCUGGACUUCAGCGAGGUGAAUGUUGAUGACACCAUUGAAAUGUUACCAAAAUCAAGAAGAGCUCUCACCAUCCAAGAGAUUGCUGCAUUAGCACGAUCCUCCCUGCAUGGUAUUUCCCAGGUGGUGAAGGACCAUGUGACGAAGCCCACAGCCAUGGCACAGGGUAGAGUAGCCCAUCUAAUAGAGUGGAAAGGCUGGUGCAAGCCCAUCGACACUCCGGCAGCUUUGGAGUCGGACUUCAACUCUUAUUCUGACCUCACCGAGGGCGAACAGGAGGCUCGCUUUGCUGCUGGUGUGGCGGAGCAGUUUGCCAUCGCCGAGGCCAAGCUGAGGGCCUGGUCUUCAGUGGAUGGCGACGAAUCCAACGACGACUCGUACGACGAGGACUUCCUGCCUGCCAACGAGCCCACCACACAGAGUACAGAUGUGCCGUCGUAUCCUCCCUACCUGAAGGACCUGAUCCACAGCCAGCUCUGCCAGCACCUGGGCCUGCGGGGCCCCUGCUGCGAGGGCGGAGGGGGGAGUGGCGAGGGGGGCGGCAGCGGAGAGCCCUCCCCGACAGCGGGCUCCCCGGACACCCUGUGCUCCAGCCUGUGCAGCCUGGAUGAGCACCACCCGCUGCUGCGCGACCUGGGGGCCCGACGCGGCGGCGGCGGUUGCGGCCACGCCCACAGCAACGCCGCUGAACUCGCCGCCAAGAUCCUGUCGGCGCUGCACGGGGGCGAGGAGCUGCUGCUGGCCCGGCUGCAGCGGGUGGGCCAGAGCGGCCCCGGCGGAAGCGAGUGCGGCUUCCACAGCCUGGGCGGGGGUGGGCGGGGCAUCAGGCCCUGCGGCGGCCAGGACUCUCCGUGCUACUCCAUGUCGUACUCCGAGACGUACCUGUCGCCCGGCGAGGACGACGACACGCCCUGCAAGGACUACGAGGGCACGCUGUGCCAGGUGGAGGCGGAGGGCGGCGGGGUGGAGUACGACCCUCGCAGGAGGGUGUCCGACGUGGCGUCCUCUGGGGUGGUGUCUCUGGAUGAGGAGGAAGAAGAGGAGGAGGAGGAGGAGGACGAAGAGCGGGCAGUAGAGCCAAACCACCAAUGACUCCUCGCCU